UUCAAUUCAUUCAUCUAUCUUUGAAAACUGUUAUGGGAAAAUUGAAGCACUCUCGUGUGGGACCUCGAAAACCAUUGCUGCCAACUUCAAGAACAUUGAUCUUUACCUUGUUUGUCACCUUCAUAUUCCUCAUUAUUUUUCUUAUUCUCUUAUCUCUCCGUAUCCCUAAACCCAAACACCUCAACUCCAUCACUCAUAUUAACAAUCUCAGGUUUUUCUUCAAUUCAACUACAAACAUAUCUUUCUUUUUACGCGAUGACGAUGACAAUAAGCGUUGGGUUGAAAUCGUAUCGUGGGAGCCUAGAGUAUUUUUAUAUCAUAAUUUUUUGGCAAAAGAGGAAUGUGAACAUCUAAUCAAUAUAGCCAAGCCUGAUGUGCAGAAAUCGACUGUUGUUGAUGAUACAACAGGAAAGAGUGUGAACAGCAGUGCACGAACAAGCUCUGGAACUUUUAUCGACAGAGGAUAUGAUAAAAUUUUGAGCGAUAUCGAGAAAAGAAUUGCUGAUUUUACUUUUAUACCUGUAGAGCAUGGCGAAGACGUUAAUAUUCUCCAUUAUGAAGUUGGACAAAAGUACGAUUUUCAUACUGACUACUUUGAAGAUGAGGUUAAUACUAAGCAUGGGGGUGAGCGUAUAGCAACAAUGUUGAUGUACCUUUCAGAUGUUGAAGAAGGGGGUGAGACAGUGUUUCCAUCUGCUAAGGGAAAUUUUAGCUCUGUGCCUUGGUGGAAUGAGCUUUCUGAUUGUGGAAAAAAGGGACUUUCAAUUAAGCCAAAGAUGGGUAAUGCUAUACUUUUCUGGGGCAUGAAGCCUGAUGCAACCGUAGAUCCAUUGAGUGUUCAUGGUGCUUGUCCAGUUAUCAAGGGUGAUAAAUGGUCAUGUACCAAAUGGAUGCGAGUUGGUAAAUGGUGAUGAGAAAUGGUCAGGUGCUUGAGGAGCUUAUUGUAGGUUUGUAUGCC